UGUUUGUGUUUAUGUAUGACUUGGCAACAAUCUUUGACCUCAUUUAUUCACUCCUCUUUUCAUAUCUCAUCUAUUAACCCAGCAGGAAUCGGUCCAGACGGGUCGGCCCACCUAGUCUAUCCAUUGUCUGACCCUGGACUCCCUUUGGGUGCAUUUGUCAUUGCCAUCACUGGCUUUCACGGCCCUCACUCACUCUCUCGCUCUAUGUCAGCACUGAUGAGACUAAGAAGGACCCUUGCCUCAUUCCAAAGUACAAGAGUGCCUGAUGCGGUAACCAUGACAACAUCGCCGCCACAGAUGGAGCGACUGUGCUUCACAGGACUAUUAGUACACCUUGUCCUGCUAUCUUUCGUCACAUCACAGACCUCAUCAUCUUCACCGACCUUUGACCCCAAGUCUUUGCCCUCUCUACCUGAAGAGUGUCAGAGAAAAAUGCACCCGGUUACGUCCUACACAGCUCUGAGCCCGUGGAUGUUUUCUUUCUCGCUACCUGGAGUGAACGAUUACUCGCCCCUCACGCUUGACCUCUCCAGAAACCAGCUGAUAGUUGGAGCCAGAAACCAUCUCUUCAGGCUGAGUCUGAGCAAUGUCUCUCUCCUGCAGGCCACUGAGUGGGGCGUCGAUGCGAACACCAGGAGAUCUUGUCAGAGCAAAGGAAAGACUGAGGAUGAGUGUCAGAAUUAUGUUCGUGUCCUUCUGCUGAACGGCAGCCGCUUAUUCACCUGCGGGACAAACGCUUUCAUGCCCGUCUGCACGACUCGCUCCGUUACUGACAUCGCAAACGUUUUGGAUUCUGUCAGCGGAGUUGCUCGAUGUCCCUACGACCCGCGGCACAACUCGACAGCUAUGAUAACCGAGAGCGGAGAGGUGUACGCGGCCACGGUGACCGAUUUCUCCAGCCGGGAUCCGAUUAUUUACCGCAGUCUGGGGAAUAUGCCACCUCUGCGGACAGCCCAGUACAACUCCAAAUGGCUUAAUGAGCCUCAUUUUGUCUCGGCGUAUGAGGUGGGCCGCUUCACCUACUUUUUUCUGAGGGAGAACGCUGUUGAACAGGAUUGUGGGAAGACGGUCUUCUCUCGUGUCGCCCGCGUGUGUCAAAAUGAUGUCGGAGGUCGUUUUCUGCUGGAAGACACCUGGACCACCUUCAUGAAAGCCCGACUGAACUGUUCUCGCUCUGGAGACGUUCCCUUCUACUACCAUGAGCUCCAGAGCACCUUCUACCUCCCCGAGCAAGACCUCAUUUAUGGAGUCUUUACCACCAACAUAAACAGCAUUGCUGCAUCAGCCGUGUGUGCGUUUAACCUCAGUGCCAUCACACAGGCGUUUAAUGGGCCGUUUCGUUAUCAGGAGAACCCCCGGACCAGCUGGCUUUCCACUCCUAACCCCAUCCCAAACUUUCAGUGCGGGACAGUGAAUGAUUCGGGUCCGGGUUGUAAUCUAACCGAACGCAGUCUUCAGGAUGCUCAGCGACUCUUCCUCAUGAACGACGUGGUUCAGCCCAUCUCCACAGAUCCUCUGGUCAUGCAGGACAACAUCCGUUUUUCCAGACUGGCUGUUGACAUUGUGCAGGGGAGGGACACUUUGUUCCACGUCAUGUAUAUCGGCACAGAACGCGGCACCAUCAUCAAAGCUCUGUCCACGAGCAAUAAGAGUCUACGUGGAUGUUACCUGGAGGAGAUGAACGUUCUCCCAGAAGGCGUGCGAGAGCCAAUACUAAAUCUGCAGAUCCUUCAAAGCGACCGAUCUCUGUUCGUGGGACUUCCCAGCAGGGUGUUAAAAAUCCCACUGGAGAGAUGCUCCAACUAUAAAACCCAAGAAGACUGUCUGGGUGCGAGGGAUCCAUACUGUGGAUGGGACCGGAAAGAGAAACACUGUUCGACCAUCGAGAACAGUUCAAACAUGAGUCAAUGGAGCCAGAACAUCACAAAAUGCCCAGAACGUAAACUAACACAAGAUGGUGGCUUCGGCGACUGGUCAUCGUGGCAGGCUUGUAACCAUGAUGACGGAGGGGAGGGCACCAGUACGUGUCAGUGUCGAACUCGGUCCUGUGAUAACCCACGGCCGCAGUGUGGUGGUCAGAAGUGUUUUGGGGCAAAUAUAGAGGUGGCCAACUGUUCCAGGAAUGGAGGUUGGACACCGUGGUCCUCUUGGGCCGAGUGCAGCACCAGUUGCGGGAUCGGAUUUGAGGUUCGUCAGCGGUCCUGCAACAAUCCAGCUCCUCGACACGGAGGCCGAGUGUGUGUGGGUCAGGCCAGAGAGGAAAGAUUGUGUAAUGAGAAAAAUCCAUGUCCCGUUCCUGUGUCCUGGGCCUCAUGGAGUGCCUGGUCCAAGUGUACUGUUGCCUGCGGAGGUGGAAUCCAGUCUCGCGUUCGCACCUGCGAAAACGGCAACACAUGUCCUGGUUGCCCACUGGAGUACAAGGCGUGUAAUUUGGAUGCAUGUCCAGAGGUCAGGCGAAGCACCCCGUGGACACCCUGGUACCCUGUUAAUGUCACCCAGACUGGUGCGAGACAGGAGCAGAGGGUCAGGUACACCUGCAGGGCUUUGCUCGCAGACCCUCACGAUCUCCAGCUUGGCAAACGCAAGACUGAGUCGCGCCUCUGCCCCCCCGCUGACGGAGUCUGCGAUACUGACGGUCUAGUUGAGGACUUGUUGAGAAUGGGUCGACCCGUCACACGAGUGCAAGGAGCCACCUGGUCGUCAUGGGAAACGUGGUCCACGUGUUCUAAAGAAUGUUCCAAAGGUUUCCGGACACGCAAGCGCUCCUGUGCCACGCCCGACGGGAGGAGCACCCCAUUCGCCUGCAGCGGCACGCCCGUCGAAUAUCAGGAUUGCAACAUUCAGCCGUGUCCAGUAAAGGGGGCGUGGUCAUGCUGGUCUUCCUGGUCUCAGUGUUCCACUUCCUGCGGUGGCGGUCACUACCAGCGCUCUCGCACCUGCUCUAACCCCGCCCCUGCUCAUUCGGGUGAUAUCUGCAUCGGUCUUCACACAGAAGAAGCUUUGUGCAACACACACGAGUGUGAAGGUGGAUGGGGGGCGUGGUCAGAGUGGGCGGAGUGUAAUGAGGAAGGGCUUCAACGUCGUAUUCGGGUGUGUGAAAUAAGCCCCGCCUCUUGUCAAGGAAACCGCACCGAACAGAGCGAGUGUCAUCCCAAUGAGAGUGCAGUGCUCUCAGGAAAGAAAAGGAGUGCAAAUUGUGGAGGAUUCUCUCUCUUCCACAUGGUGUUGACGGGCGCGUGCUGUUUUUUGGGAGCGGUUUUGCUAUCCGUUCUGGUGUACGUGUACUGCCAGAGACUCCGCAAACCUCCUCAGGAAUCAGCUGUGAUCCAUCCCAGCACCCCCAACCAUCUGCACUAUAAAGACAACAGCUGUGCGCCCAAGAACGACUUGUAUACGCCGAUGGAGUUUAAGACCCUGAAUAAGAGCAACUUGCUUCCACCGGAAGAGAGCUGUAAUUUCUUCCCGUCGCCCUUGCCGCAGACGAACGUCUACGCCACCACGUAUUACCCCACACCUUUAGGCAAAUAUGACUUUCCCACUAUGGAUUCUCCCUGUACCUACAUGCACAGCUGAUGGACACGUCAACACGUUCGCGAACAUCUCAUGCCUUUAUUGUGUGUGUGACGGUGGUUACACGCGCGCAUCUGUCCAUGCAGAUGCAACGGAAAUGCACGGACAUACAGGAAAAUCGGGAUGUUUUUCACCCGAAAUGUUUUCCUUUUUGUCAUUUCUGUUAAGAAAAUGAAAAGUGACGGGUUUAAUCGCUCAAUACGAACAGGUUGACGCUCACAGAACAUGCACACUUCUUAAACGAGGAUGUUACCGUCAGCGUGGAGAUGUAAUACACGCCCGGGCAUCUUUAGUCAUUUUGUGCGUUUUCUUCUUGAACUUCUGAACUUGUUUCAGUCGAUCAAAUAUGAAGGAAUUGGACAUCUGUGAUGAGCCUGAACAUCUGUUGCUCUUGUUUUUUUCUGGUUUAUGCGUUUUUGUGGGGUUUUUAUUGGUUAAUAUCAGUAAACCAGAGCCGAGUGGUACUGUAUGUACAUUAUGGAGGAUGGUGCCUAAUAUGAAGACUUUUAUAUGGGCGCUUUAUUCACAUGGCCGUUCACCUAUCAAAACAUCACGUCAGUAUGGAUACAUCUUACAGCCAUUAGCUUUGAAACUGCACACACUUGAAAAAGUAAGUGGAUUGAUUUUAACUGGAACAUGAUGGUAUGAAACGGAUUCGUAUGAGUUUUACUGAAGAGAAAGAGAGAGUUUGUUAUUUUUCUGUAUAUUUGUAAUCAGUGUUAUAUAUUUAUGAACAAAUAAUCAUUUUUGAUGGCAUCAGUUUUUCUCAUUUAGAGACGAUCGUCUGCAACUCCUCUUGUGUAUGUGAAUAAUUUACACUGUCCAUUGUAUGAUUGUUGGGUUUUACUAUUCAGCUUGUGUGUGUGUGUGUGUGUGUGUGUGUCUGUGUGCGUCUGUGUGUGUGCUUUUAUAAAAGUGUAUUAUUUUCUAUGAGCACAGAUGAACUUUAUUGCAACAUUUUCUUCUGGGAUUAUAUUUUGGGAGACUAAAGCGGAUGUUGUUUGAGCUGGACACUGAUGUUGCAUUAUCUGAGGUGCAGACAGUUGUCUAUGCAAGAAAAAAGUCAAAUGAAUUCACACCACACGAUCACUGCCUUUUUAAAAUUUGCUAUGUUUUGUAUGUUGUACAUUGUAAACAUAAAUAAAUAAAUAUCAAGUGCAAAAA